AUGAAGAUCUACUACAUCGGCAUCCUCAGAACGUGUGGUCCCAAGACGCUCGAGCUCACCUCGGCGCGAGACUUGUCGCAGUUCCUGUUCUUUGAGCGCACGGGGGUGUCCCAGUUCAUGACGUUCUUCCUGGAGACGGUGUCGCUGCGGACUCCGGCGGGGCAACGACAACUGAUCGAAGAGGGGAACUACGUCGGCCACACCUACAACCGGUCCGAGGGGCUCGCCUGUGUCAUUAUUACCGACAAGGAGUACCCCGUGCGCCCGGCGUACACGUUGAUCAACAAGAUCCUCGAAGAGUACUUGCUGUUGCACCCUAAACAGCAGUGGGAGACGGUGGAGCACGCCGACUCGCUGUUGGAGUUUAUCCAAUUGGAGCAAUACUUGAAGAAGUACCAGGACCCCACGCAGGCGGACUCGAUCAUGAAAGUGCAGCAAGAGCUCGACGAGACGAAGAUUGUCCUCCACAAGACGAUCGAGCUGGUGCUUAAGCGCGGGGAGAAGUUGGACACGUUGGUCGACAAGAGUGAGGCGUUGUCGCUGUCGCUGAGAAUGUUUUAUAAGCAGGCGAAGAAGACCAACUCGUGCUGCGUCAUCGUGUAA